GUAAAGAAAGACUCACUGGGCAAACAAAAAUGGCUGACAACACCUUCCACUUCAUAUGACUCGCGUUCCACGCUGCACAACUACACACACAGACUGAACACAGGGCAGACCUACUGACUCAAACAACAACCCUACAACUUACUGUCACCCAGACUUGCUGUCACCACACUCUCCAUGGAUCUGUUCGGUGGCAAUGCUCCCUUGACGCUAGGUCUGAUUGGAGUGUUCGUGACCUUGCUUUAUCUGUUUGCUAAGCGGAGAAAGCGUCUGUUGAAGGAUGCUGGCUUUCCCGGACCAGAACAAAAUAUCAUCUUCGGGGCCCUUCUCGACUUUAUGUGGAAGGGGAUUGACUUUGAAACCAAGCUGAGGAAACAGUAUGGAGACGUAUAUGGAGAAUGGUACGGCGGACUCCCGAUGAUAACCGUCUACGACCCUGACAUUUUGAAGGAGGUUUUUAUAAAAGAUUUUGAAACUUUCAAGGACCGUUUGGGCUUUUUCGAUCUCGACGACUACCCUCUCAGCACCAAUCUGUUCAGCGCGAAGUCAGACGCCUGGAGGCGGAUCCGGAAGAUCGUUAGUCCCACAUUCAGCGCUGGCAAACUCAGGAAGAUGUGCAGAGGAAUAAAUCUUUGUGCCCAAAAACUAACAAAGAACUUUGUCCAUGCGGCUGAAAGCGGAGAAGAAGUUGAUGUGAAAGAAUAUUGCGGAGCAUUCACCAUGGACGCCAUUGGCAACACUGCAUUCGGGGUUGACAUCGAUUCACAAAACGACUUUGAGAACAACUUUAUACGAGAAAUCAAGAAAGUGCUUGAUAAUAUGUUUACGGGCAACCCAUUUGUCAUCCUGAUAAUGUUGUUUCCUGAACUCAGGGGCCUGGCGAAGUGGCUGGGAAUGGGAGCUUUCCUAAAGUCCACCAAGAAGUUCUUUACACAAGCCGUGACGGAGAUGAUAGAACAGAGGAAGAACCAACCGAAGGAGGAGAGAGAGAGGAGGAUUGACUUCCUGCAGCUCAUGUUAGACGCGGAGGAUGAUGAUGGUCACCAAGAUGGAGCCAAGAUGCCAGAUGAAGCAGCGCAGAAAUCCCCCAGCACUUUGACGACGGAUGAAAUUAUAGGCCAGGCUUUUGUAUUCUUCCUCGAUGGAUACGAAACAACCUCCGGUACUCUGCAGUAUAUUGGCUACGUUCUGGCGACUCAGACUGGUGUGCAGGACAAACUUGCAGAGGAAAUAUCUUCUGUACUCGGAGACGAUGAGCCUGAUUAUGACAAUAUCAGUGGGCUGGUCUACAUGGACCGCGUGGUCACUGAAACUCUGAGACUCUACCCAGGGGUUCCAGGAACGAACCGUUACGUUUCCAAGACAACAAAAAUCAAAGGAUGGACAUUUCCUGAAGGGGCAUAUGUCAGCAUCCCCAUUAUGUACCUGCACAGAGACCCCGAGGUGUUCCCGGAACCGAACAGAUUCAAACCUGAGAGAUGGGAGAAAAGGUCAGAGAUCAACCCUAUGUUCUACCUUCCAUUCGGCCAUGGACCACGUCAGUGUGUGGGAAUGAGGCUUGCCCUGGUGGAGGUGAAGGUCGCUCUGGUCCAUCUAAUAAGGAACAUCCGGUUUGUCAGGCUGGAGGACACACCGGACGAACUGACAGAAUUUAAGACCACGGGCAUUUUACAACCAAAGACACCGAUCAAGCUGAAAAUUGAGCUCCGUUGAUUGAGAUUCAUCGACAAAUAAUAAGAUUGAUUUACUUGACAAACUGAAGAACAUAAUUAUACAUAGUUUCAUAAAGGUAGAAAAAUUAAGAAAUACAAGACGACUGUGAGUUGUUUAUCGUACCAUAAAACGCUGCAGGGAGAAUAAACCUAGAGGUGAGGUGAAAUUGGGUUUAGCGUCGCGUCCAAGUUAUUGCACUUAUAUAGCGACGUGCAUGUACGUGUGUGUGUUUGUGUGGCUGCUUGUACUAGUCCGGACUGAUGCCGAUUUAUAGUGCUAGCCCACUGAGAUACCAUGCCGCAGUUUAACAUGAAUACCCCACUCAGACACAGUAUACUGACUCCGAGCCGACCAGUCCCUGUGUUAGCCCCUUAAAGCCGAGCGCCAGACAGGGUAACAACAUGAACCAUCGUUUGACGUCUUUUGGUAUGACGCGGCCGGGGAUCGAGCCUCGGACCUUCCGCUCUUCGAGCGGACUCUCUACCACUAGACCACGGAGGCGGUCAAUAAUAAAUCUAGAACAUGAACCGA